AUGGAGCAAUUUCUUCCUCUUCCGAACAACUUGUGCAACACUUCUUCGAAUGGACAUCCCGCUAUUCUUGCGAACGUUGUUGACGAAUAUACCAACCGGCCCUCCGAAGACGAUAUCGAUGUCGCCACAGGGACUACUCAAAGGGGAGCACAAUUGCAGUUAACUGUCCGAACGGCGCGAACCGCUAUCAAAACAAUCAUUUCAGAAUCCUUGCCGGAAGACAAGGCCCUCCCUGUCCCCUAUUUACCACCACGGGGGCUAUACAAAUUUUCUCUCCGCGGUCGGUUUACUACAAACUCACCAAAUCGGACAAAGGCUGGAAUGGUUUGUGAAAAACUUCAUUUGACUAGCUGGGGUGUGUACACAAGCAUUCUAGACCAAAAUUCUUCAAUUCUAGACUCCAUCAACAACUAUGCAGUUGAUGCCAUCCGGCUGUCGAGGUCUGGGACCCAAGCCCGUCAUCCCACGCCUUCGCCUUGUUAA